AUGCAUAUAUUUAUUCCGCCAUUUCGGAAAAGGUCUCGCUCGCCACCUGAUAACCCUGCCAUCUCUGCAUCUGAUGGCAACACGAGAGAAACUGCCUCUUCAACUGCAUUCGUCAAAGAUGAUACGAAUAGAAUGUCUAUCAUGCCCCACGCAAUGCAACCUUCUGCGAUGCACGACAAGCGGCGAGCAACGGAGACUACUGUACCGUUCGCCGGUGCGUUGUCCAGUGUCGCUGGGUCGACAGUCGCCUUCCUCGGAGACUUUCUAGGCUACGAGGUACUAUAUACAAAACGUUCUAUGAAGAAACGCAAAAAGUACAACGAUGGUGUCCUCCUGGUAAAGGAGGGGAGUAUAGCCUUGCUGGAUGAUGCCGGUGCGGUUGUGGCUAAGUCAACUAGCAGAUGUGGUUGGUCCACAGAAAAGGGUCCCGGAUCUACUCUUGUUCUGGGAAACUUUGAAGUGGAAAUAUGUGAGCAAAUCAUGGAAGAGGAAUACUCGUCUGGGCGUCAUUUCAUUGGCAACUGUUCAUCAGCAUGUGCAUCAAUACUGGGGACAUCUGCCAAUCCUCUGAGGCAGGUCCAGGCUCCUAUGGAGUCCAAUGUGCUCUUCCAGCAAGCUGCAACAACAUCCGCGGAAAAAGCCUGUCCGCACGGAGCGUUCGAGAUCGCCGUCUCUGAAACUGCUACUGGCGAGCGUCACCCAAUAUGGAUUGACGCAUUCCUGAACAAACACCUGAGGCCGCACCAACGGGAGGGAAUAUCUUGGAUGUAUAACCAACUUCUCGAGGGUGGUGGCUGCAUACUAGCGGACACAAUGGGUUUAGGGAAAACACUUCAGGCGAUAAGCCUGGUGUGGGUUGCCGUUUCUCAACCUGCAGGACUGCGGCCACUUGCAUCCAAAUGCUGCGUUGUCUGUCCCGCCAGCUUGGUCGGCAAUUGGACACAUGAGGUCAAAAAGUGGCUAGGAAACAGGCUUACGUUUGUCGUCGCAUCAGGCGAUGGCAAAGGUACGAAAGCGGUUCUGCAGCAAUUCGCCUCCGUGAGCAUCUGUAAACUGGUGAUCGUUUCAUACGACCAGCUGAGGAAGCUCUGUGGGACUAUCACAUCUUCUCUUGACAUUCUCAUAUGCGACGAGGGACACAGAUUGAAGUCAUCCAAGUCUCAAACAGCGCUCCAUCUGCAAAAGAUCCGUUGUAAACAUAGGCUUAUUCUAUCAGGGACUCCACUCCAAAACGACAUGGAUGAGCUGCACGCUUGCUGCUCAUUCGUUCGUCCGAGCGCCAUGCCAAACAACAGGAUCUUUGCGAAGGUUUUCAAAGAGCCUAUUCUCAGAGCUGGUCUACCGUAUGCUACCAUGGCAGAGAAACAACUGGGUGAAAAAAGGGCUGAAGAACUCACGUCUCUAAUGUCUCGAUUCAUGUUAAGGAGGACCGAAGAGGUCCUGAAAUCCUUUGGUGAGCUGUUCUGCUAG